CAGAGGUGAGACGGAUGACCACAGGCACUGACAGCUGUAUGUAUGGAGCGAGGGGUUAACAAUGAAAGUGAAUUAUUUAGCUUGUUAUGAAGACAAAACAACUCUCCACAUGACUGUGGUUGGAGUGUGAUCUGAAGAUCUGCGGCUGUAAUGACGAACAAAGGUGCGCUCCUCCGCGUCUGCGCUGCGCUGUGUGCGCUCCUGUCCGGUUCCAGAGUUCGGGCAGAGGAGAUACCACCCCGCAUAGUCCACCACCCCUCUGACGUUGUGGUGAAUGUGGGCAAUCCUGCCACUCUUUCCUGCAGAGUGGAUGGCAGCCCAAAACCGACCAUUGAGUGGCUACACAACGGGCGUCCUUUGGAGCCAGCGGAGGGGGAUGGAGAACUGCACCCCAUAGUUUUAUCAGACCAGAGCCUGUUCUUUCUGAGCGUGGUAGGGGGCAGGCGUGGUGAGUCACAUGAGGGCAUCUAUAGCUGCAUUGCCAGGAACAGCGCUGGUACAGCCAUCAGCCGCAAUGCAUCGCUGUAUAUAUCAGUGCUGAAGGAGCAGUUCAGCGUUGAGCCCAGUGAUGUGGAGGUGGCCGAGGGGGAGGUUGCUGUUUUAAACUGUGUUCCUCCAGUGGGACACCCAGAACCAAAUGUCAUGUGGAAGAAGGAUGGUCUGCCCACCAACAGCACUGACCAUCACUACACUGAGCUGAGUGGGAAGCUGAUCAUCGCUCCUGCAGAGAAGGUCCACUCUGGAGCUUACGUGUGUGUGGCCUCCAACACUGUGGGGGUUAAGGAGAGCAGGGCGGCUCGGCUCUCUGUGCUGGCCAAGCCGGUACUGGUGUUGAAGCCAGAAGAUGUUUCUGUACGAAUCGGAGAGUCCGCCCACUUCUACUGUCGAGCUAAAGGGGACCCUCCACCCGCCGUGGUCUGGAGCAGAGAGCGGGGGCCGCUGCCGAACGGCAGGUAUCUUAUCAACCCUGACCAGACUCUGCAGAUUCACUAUGUGACAGCACAGGAUUCUGGGAAGUACAUGUGCUCUGCCGCCAAUGAUGUAGGCAAGAUCACUGCCAGUGCACAUCUUCUAGUUGAAGAAGAUGACGGCACUGAACAGAAAGACCUCCACAAAGAGCUGUCAGCUCUGCGAGUGGCUCUGGAGAAUGUCACCAUCGUGUCCACCGGCUCUAACAUAUCUUUAGUGCAGUGGAAGCUGCAGUCCCUCCCAUCCCAGCCACAUCACCUCGAUGGCUUUGAGGUUCUCUACCGCUCCGUGCUGCCUGCCAGCUCCGACUGGGCAGCAAAGAAGCUGGCGAUGCCCAACUUCCAGGCUCAAAUCGGCCCCAUAAAGAGAGGCUACAAGUAUGAGUUCAAGGUUCGUCCCUACGGCAGCAACUUGUACGGAAGAGAGAGCAACACCCGGCAUCUCAGAGUCCCCGAGACAGUUCCGAGUGCCUCUCCCCUAGCUGUGUCCAUCGCAGUGAACCAUAAGCAGAAUAACUCCAUCCAUUUGAGUUGGGAGCCUCCUCCCCAUGAAACCCACAACGGUGUCAUUCACGGCUACCAGGUGUGGUGUGUGGAGUCUGAGGAGCAGCAGUACCAGAAUUGGACGGUGGAUAGCAGCCAGCACAACCUUGAUAUUACUACUCUGAAACCAGGGAGGCAGUACUGGAUCACCAUGGCAGCAGUGAACGGCGCUGGAGUGGGCAGGCUCAGUGACCCUCACGGAGUUGUCAUCAAUCCACAGUUACGCAGCCUCUCUGAGUCAGAAACCCAGAACCGGGCUCUGUCUUCGGUCCUUGAGCUGCUUCAGGACCCGGUGCUGAUCGGCAGUGUUGGCGCCCUCGUGUGGUGCAUCCUUGUGUUCGGAGCUGUGUGUCUGUUCAGACGACGCAGCAGUGCAGCUCACCUGUUCUCCAGACACAGCAAGACUAAAGGUCUGCGCCGACUGGCCAGUGAAGAUCUAAUCAUAAAACAUAGGAUGGCGGCUCCAGAUUCUCCAUGGAUGUCGGGAAGCUGGAAACCGACUUUCAACUACAAGUAUGAGGACUACUGGGCCCAGGGUCAGAAACAUUCGGGGAUCAGGAGCAAGAGCCCCCCACUUCAUACUAAGAAGGAGCACAGCUGCUUGGAUUCUGCUACCCCCAUCGUGACUGACAGCUGUGGAGUCUAUGGCACCUUCUACGUGGACCUGAUGGGCAACGGCCUGAAGACCUUCGACAGUCCAGGCCGAUGUCCUAAAAAGCCUCAUCAUUUACUGUGUCAGCAAGGAACGGAGACCAUCCAAAUAUUCACUCAACCGGCCUCCAAGUCCUCAUCAGCUGGCAGCCAGGAGGCUCUGCCGUGGAAGCAAGCCAUACGUCCACAGCCGAAGAUGGGUGUGCUGAGGGAAUCAUGGGAAAAUAAACACAUUAAGCAAGAGUUACAUGCAGUAAACAGUGUUCCUGUACUGUCAUCUAGGACCCAGGCCCUUCCCUUGGGUGUCCACAGGCAGAGACUCAGUCAUGUACCAACUGACCUGAACGGUGGACGUCACAACUGUGGCAACUCUGUUGCUUGUCCUCGUCUGCUGCAUUACUCUGCAUCCCUGCAUCUCGUGGACAUGCUGCCCCCUCCACCACCGAUACCCAGCGAGGAUGCUGCAGACGGACGUAGCCUCUCCUCAGAUGAAGGUUCCAGUCGUUCCACAAAGCUAACACAGGACAUGGGAUCCCUCCAGUCAGUGUAUCCAGCAUCAGGUGUUUCUGGGCCAACAAGGCCCCCCAACGGCUGGCCAUCCUACAGCCACCCAUCUUCUACGUCACGUACGCUAUCACUGGAUCAUGAAGAGGGAGGAACGAUGUCCUCACAGGAGGCCACUGAGUACCUGGAGCUCAGCCCCAAACCAGAGAGAUGCAGCGCCCUGCCAGAGCAGCGUCCCUCGCUGCCCCCACACUUCUCCCCGUCCCUCGUCCCCACCAGUGAGCCCGAGCCCCUGACGGUCGCCCUGCAUCACGCUCGCCUUCAGAGCACGCCGUCAUCGUGCUACAGUGACUGGGACAGCUCUCUGUGGAACACCUGGAGCUCAGUGAGGGACGGUAACCUGGACAGCAACCGCACCAGCCUCAUCAGCUCCGUGGACAGCUGCUACACCGGCGACAGCACCACUUUUGCCCGUCUGCUGGCAGCGGCGGCGGAGAGCAUGAGUGGAGCUUCUCUGACAGACUUCUCGCCGCCGGCCUCCCCGCUCAGCGCCUUGUACCCAUCAUUUUCGGCAGAGAGGGACUCGUUCGGGGACCUGGAGUCUGUCCCUGCAUGGGACUGGAACAUGGCCUGGAUGGAGGACAUGGAGAACCAGUACAGACUCCACUAUCCCCGCACCAACACCAAACUCUUUGAUACUUAGCAGCGCCGGAACACAGCUGAACUCAGAGCUUCAGAAAGCUGGUGGAGGAGAGUGACGAGAUGUGACAGGUUGCCGCUUCACUUUCAGGUUUUGACAGAUUUCCAUUUUCGGUUUAGAAGUUUAGAGUGAAAACCUGAAAGUUUUGACUCCUCUGGAAGUGGGUGCACACCUGAUGCUGUUAUUAAUAAGUUCCCCACUUUACCUCAGGACAGUAAAAUGCCCUUUUGACUCCUUGCAAAGGCUUUCAUAGACUUGAUGAAGUUUCUUUUUUCAUUUUAGCUUAUCCUUUUUAUUAGAUAAGAGGAUCAAGAGAUACUUCCCUCAGGAGGUUCUCAGAAAGACAUAAAGAAGCAUGUGAGUCAGUGAGAAAGCGGUCACUAACCAGAUUAAAAUCUGUUUUGGAGAUUUGUGUUUGUUCAC